AUGGGUCACGUCUUGGGUCUCGGGGUGCCGGGACACGUCGAGUCGAAACCUUCCUAUUCCAGGGGAGGACGCGACGCGCCUAAUUACCCGAGGAUUGCGAGCAGUAGUAGCAACGAGUGGCGUUACCAGCAAAGGCAGGAAGCGCACAACGCCCUGGACAAGAUUAUGUGA